CCCUUCAUGGCGGCCACCUCUUUCUCGCUAGUGCUGACUCCGUCCACCAUCCGCCCGGCGGCAGCAGCGCUCGCCGUCGCGUUACGACCCCCUCACUGAGGGGAGGAAGACGAAGAGGAGCCGUCGAAGUCCUCCUCCUCUCCGAGCCAGCCAUGGCGACCCCAUGCCGGACCCCUCCGCCUCGGCUGCUGCUGCUGCUCCUGGCGCUGAUGGACGGAGGCGGCUCCUCGGGGCUGCCCGCCGGCUGCAAGCAGGACGGAGGAGGCGGAGGCGGCGGUGGUCGCCCCAGGAGCAGCAAAUCCUCGCCGAUCGAAGGCGGAGGGAAGGUGGUCUGCAGCAGUCUGGAGCUGGCCCACGUCUUGCCACCCGAUGCGCUGCCCAACAGGACGGUCACUCUGAUUCUGAGCAACAAUAAGAUAUCAGAACUGAAGAAUGGUUCCUUUGCUGGAUUAAGCCUUCUUGAACGACUGGACCUUAAGAACAAUCUCAUUAGUGCUAUAGAUCCAGGAGCUUUUGGAGGACUUUCAUCUCUAAAAAGACUAGACUUAACAAACAAUCGAAUAGGAUGCCUGAAUGCGGAUAUAUUUAAAGGACUUGUAAAUCUUGUUAAAUUAAAUCUUUCAGGAAACUUGUUUUCCUCGCUUACACAAGGAACAUUUGAUCAUCUUACUUCGCUGAAGUCCUUAGAAUUUCAGACUGAUUAUUUCCUCUGUGACUGUAAUAUGCUGUGGAUGCAGCAAUGGUUGCAGGAAAGAAAUAUCACUGUUCGGGAAACCAGAUGUACUUACCCCAAAUCAUUGCAGGCUCAACCAAUUCUGAGUGUUAAGCAGGAGCUUUUAACAUGUGAUCCACCUCUGGAAUUGCCAUCUUUCUCCAUGACUCCCUCUCAUCGUCAGGUUGUGUUUGAAGGAGACAGUCUGCCUUUCCAGUGCAUGGCUUCGUAUAUUGAUCAGGACAUGCAGGUUCUGUGGUAUCAGGAUGGCAAGAUCGUUGAAACUGAUGAAUCCCAGGGCAUUUUUGUUGAAAAAAAUAUGAUAUAUAACUGUUCACUGAUUGCAAGUGCCCUGACCAUCUCAAAUAUUCAAGCUGGAUCUACUGGAAACUGGGGGUGCCAUGUGCAGACCAGACGUGGGAAUAAUUCCAGGACUGUUGACAUUGUGGUACUGGACAGCUCUGCACAGUACUGCCUCCCGGAAAGGGUUGUCAACAAUAAAGGCGACUUCAGGUGGCCUCGAACGUUGGCAGGCAUUACUGCAUACCUGCUGUGCACCCGUUACUCGGCUGGCAGCGGAAUAUAUACUGGCAACUCUCCGGAUGAGAAGAGAGCUUGGCGCAGAUGUGACAGGGGAGGAUUCUGGGCUGAAGAGGAUUACUCUCGGUGCCAAUAUGCAAACGAUGCCACUAGAGUCCUGUAUAUGUUCAAUCAGAUGCCCCUGAACCUUACUAAUGCUGUAGCGACAGCCCGGCAACUAUUAGCUUACACCGUUGAAGCCGCAAACUUUUCUGACAAGAUGGAUGUUAUUUUUGUCGCUGAAAUGAUAGAAAAAUUUGGAAGAUUUGCUGAGAAGUACAAAGAGCUUGGUGAUGUGAUGGUUGAUAUUGCAAGUAACAUAAUGCUAGCUGAGGAACGCAUCUUGUCGAUGGCACAGAGAGAAGCGAGAGCUUGUACUAGAAUUGUACAGUGCUUACAGAGGAUUGCUACAUACCGACUAGCUAACGGAGCUCAGGUUUACUCAACGUAUUCUCCAAACAUUGCUGUGGAAGCAUACGUAAUAAAGGCUUCGGCCUUCACUGGGAUGACCUGCACCGUAUUCCAGAAGGUGGCUGCAACAGACCGCACAGGACUUCCUGACUUUGGGCGAAGAGAUCUGGAUGGAAACCUUGAUAAGCAACUGGGCUUCAAGUGCAAUGUUUCAAACACAUUGUCAAGCCUUGCACUUAAGAACACGAUUGUUGAGGCCUCUAUACAACUGCCACCUGCCCUUUUUUCACAAAAGCACAAAAGAGAAAUCAGACCAGCAGAUGAUACCAUUUACAAACUUCAACUUAUUGCAUUCCGCAAUGGGAAACUCUUUCCAGCAACAGGAAAUUCAACAACUUUAGCUGAUGAUAGGAAACGCCGCACUGUUGUCACACCAGUUAUCCUCACAAAAAUAGAUGGCUUAAGUCUGCCCCAUCAACAGAUUCCUAUCAAUGUGACACUGCGGCGCAUUGCGCAUGGAGCAGAUGCUGUCGCAGCACAGUGGGACUUUGAUUUGCUGAAUGGACAAGGAGGAUGGAAAUCGGAUGGAUGCCACAUUCUUUCUUCAGAUGAAAACGUCACUACUAUACAGUGCUACUCACUCAGUAACUAUGCAGUCUUAAUGGAUUUGACAGGAACAGAGUUAUAUACUCAGUCAACCGACCUUCUGCAUCCAGUUGUCUAUGCCUCUGCUGUGAUUCUCUUGAUGUGCCUUUUGAUAAUCAAAGUUAGCUAUAUAUACCACCAUAGUGUCAUCAGGAUCAGCCUUAAGAGUUGGCAUAUGUUAGUUAACCUCAGCUUUCAUAUUUUCCUGACAUGUGUGAUGUUUGUUGGAGGCAUAACUCAAAGCAAGAAUGCUAGCAUCUGCCAAGCAGUUGGGAUAAUUCUGCACUACUCUACACUCGCCACAUUACUGUGGAUGGGAGUCACUUCUAGGAACAUCUACAAGCAAGUCACUAGGAAGGUGAAGCGAUGUCAAGAUCCUGAUGAACCACCACCACCUCCUAGGCCAAUGCUUAGGUUCUACCUAAUUGGUGGAGGGAUUCCUGUCAUAGUUUGUGGGAUAACAGCUGCUGCAAAUAUAAGGAAUUACGGAAGCAGGCCUCAUGCACCAUAUUGCUGGAUGGCAUGGGAACCAAGCUUGGGAGCUUUCUAUGGACCUGCUAGCUUCAUUAUUUUUGUGAACUGCAUGUAUUUUCUCAGCAUAUUUAUACAGUUGAAACGGCACCCAGAGCGCAAAUUUGAGCUUAAAGAACCAGCUGAGGAACAGCAGCGAUUAGCGACCAAUGAACAUGGUGACCCGAACCAUCAAGAUUCAAUGUCUGUGUCGCUGGUCUCCACGUCAGCACUGGAGAACGAGCACAGUUUCCAAGCUCAGCUUCUGGGCGUGAGCCUCACUUUGUUUCUGUAUGUGGCUCUGUGGAUGGUUGGGGCCUUGGCUGUUUCUUUAUAUUACCCCUUGGAUUUGGUGUUUAGCUGCUUUUUUGGAGUCAUGUGUUUAAGCCUAAGUGGCUUUCUAAUAAUACAUCAUUGCGUUAACAGAGAAGAUGUCAGGCAUGCGUGGAUAACAACCUGCUGUCCUGGAAGGAGCACCUACUCGGUACAAGUCAACAUACAGCCCUCCUCCAAUACAAGUGGGGCAAAUGGAGAGCCUGCCAAGUGCACCAAUAGUAGUGCAGAGUCGUCCUGCACGAAUAAAAGCACAUCGAGCUUAAAAAAUUCUUCUCAAGGUUGCAAAUUAACCAACAUCCAGGCUGCAGCAGCUCAGUGUCCUCCAGGCUCCUUGGCACUGAACACAAACCCUCCGCUUGAUAACAGUCUUACUGAGCACUCAGUAGACAAUGAGAUCAAAAUGCACGUGGCCCCCUUAGAGGUACCUUUACGGACAAACGGGCACCCAGGCCGUCAUCACAAAAACAGAAGUAAAGGCCACCGUGCCAGCAGGCUGACAGUCCUAAGAGAGUAUGCUUAUGACGUUCCCACCAGUGUCGAUGGGAGCAUUCAAAACGGCCUACCUAAAACCCGCCAAAGUAGCAACGAAGGGCAUUCGAGAAGCCGAAGAGCUUAUCUGGCAUACAGGGAACGGCAGUAUAACCAGUCUCAACAAGACAGCAGUGACGCCUGCAGCACUCUCCAUAAAGGACGCAGGAAUACUGAAAAGACAGUGCCAGCCAACUUCAAAAGGGAGGUCCUGAGGAAACCAAUAGCAGCUGAGCUCGAAGGGCAGCAAAAGUCCUACGGCUUAAAUUUGGCAGUCCAGAAUGGGCCACUGAAAAGCAGUGCCCAGGAUGGGACGUUGCUGAGCACUGACAGCACUGGGAAUAUCAGGACUGGCUUAUGGAAACACGAAACUACUGUGUAGUGCUACUGGACAGCGUCCUUGAUGGGAUUUACAAGGAAUGUUGCUUUUAUGCGAUGAAUAUGUUUCCACCGUUUACAAACAUGGGUACUUUCGAGUGGGGAGGAUAUGGGGUUAGGGAAGAUCUACCAUGUGAAAAUGUUUUAUACUUUUUUGAAAGUAUAUCUGUGGUGUUUUUACAAAGACCUGGAUUUUCAUUAUCAGGUUCUGUUUUAAAAAGCAGAGUUGAUUAUUUUUUUUAACAUGUAACUUUCUCUCUUUAGGUACGUCCGACACAUUUCACUUUUAUAUUUAAAUGUGUAAAAUAAAUAAGUUUCUCUGAAAUCCUCUUGUACCAUAUUGGUUCAAAUAGUAUAUUAAAAAAAUCAGAGAAAAUG